AUGAGACGCUCCCCCGCCAAUGAUCUGGCCAGCGUGAUAAGCCGGACGCUACUUGCCGCCUCCAGUCACCAAACGCCGCCGGGCCGGUCCUGGACCCCGUCGAUGGAACAAACCCUCCACCAUCUCGGGUGCCGCGAAUCGCUCAGCCCGGCCCUCGUUGCCCGAGUCAUCGACCCCUUCCUCCUCAACCACCAUUCACUCGCCCUUGGCUUCUUCAACUGGGCCUCCCAGCAGCCGGGCUUCUCCCAUGCCGCAGCCUCUUACCAAUCCGUCAUCAGGUCCCUCUCCGCCUCUCGCCAGUUCACCUCCGUCGACAAGAUUCUCCGGCAGGCCAGAGCCCAGAAGGUGCUCCUCCAUCCUUCCGCCUACCGCUCCGUCAUCAGCUCCCUUCUCUCUGGGAGGCGGACUCAAAUGGCUUUCUCGGUUUUCUGCGAGGUCCGUUUGGUCCUUCCUGAGAUUGGGCCCGAAGCUUGCAACUCACUUCUGGCGGUGUUAUCAGCUGAAGGGAGUACGAAAAACGCCCGCAAGGUGUUUGAUGAAAUGAUCAAAUGUGGUGUUCGGCUGAGCACUCUGGGUUUCGGGGUUUUUGUGUGGAGGGCUUGCGGAAAGAUGGCAUUGAUUGAGGUUUUGAAUUUGGUGGAUGAGGUUAGGAAAAUUGACUUUACUGGAAUUGAUGGGUCCAUCGUUGCACUUAUGGUGGUCCACGGGCUGUGCACGGAGGCCCGUACUGAGGAUGCGGCUCUUGCUUUAGAAGAGCUCAGGAAAAGGGACUGGAAGCCGGAUUUUAUGGCCUACAGAGUUGUUGCCGAGAAAUUGCGUGACAUGAAAAGCGUGGCCGAGGUUGAAUGUAUCUUGAAAAAGAAGCGAAAAUUGGGAGUGGCCCCACGGGCUAGUGCGUACAGAGAAAUUAUCUGUCGGCUGGUUUCGGAAAAAUUAAUGCACGAAGCUAAGGAAUUAGGCGAGGUGAUCCUGGACGGGAAUUUCCCAAUUGAAGCUGAUGUACUGAAUGUGCUGAUAGGAUCCGUAUCUGCCACGAACCCUUUACGGGCCGUCUCGUUUUUCAGGUUCAUGCUCGAGAAAGAACAAUUGCCUACUUUACUUACUCUGGUCAACUUGUGCGAGAAUCUUUGUAAGCACGAGAAGGGAGACGAGCUGGUUGAAAUUUUCCAGCUCCUGUCUGUGAAAGAGUACUUUUCGAACUUGGAGACUUACAACGUGAUGAUUUCUUUCCUCUGCAAGGUUGGAAGAGUGAGAGAAUGUUACCACGUGUUUGGGGAGAUGAAGAAGAAAGGCGUGGAUCCAAACGUCUUGUCUUACAAUUUUCUUCUCGAGGCCUGCUGCAGGGAGGAUCUGGUCCGGCCCGCAAAGAGGCUGUGGGAUGAGAUGUUCGCAAGUGGCUGUUGUGGGAAUCUGGAGAGUUACAACAUUCUUAUUGCUAAAUUAUCUGAAGUGGGCCAGGUUGAGGAUUCAUGCCGCCUUUUUCAUCACAUGCUCGAGAAAGGGCUGAAGCCCAAUGAGUUGACGUACAAAUCCAUCUUCGAAGGGCUUUGCAGGGCGAAAAAUGUUGAGAUUGCUCUUCAAAUCUUCAAUAAGUCGGUUGAACAGGAUGCGAAAUUAUCUGUUGCCUUACUCCAGACAUUUGUUGUCUGCCUAUGCAGAGAAGGUAAUUUUGAAAAGGCUAGUGAGUUGCUGCGUGGUCCUGCAUGCGGUGUCGGGUGUUUUGAGCCCCAUUUGAUCUUCCUGAGAUGUUUGGUUGAUAAUGGACAGCUUUCAUUGGCGACUGAACAUGUAGAGUGGGUGUCAGGCAAGUCACCUGCACUUAUGCAUGCUAUUCAGUCUGUAUCGCCUGCACUGUUUUCCAUAGUUUUAAACUCACAAAAGCAACUGACUGGUGUUAGAGAGAUUGGUGAAUAG